AUAAAUAAAUGUAAUAUUAGUUUACAAUUUUUUACUGUUUAGUCUUUGUUAAAAUGGUAGCAGUGUGGUUACUUUUUUUCUUUUCAGUGAAUGUUGAGGGGUUUUUCUUUUUCCCUGAAAUAGAGAAAUUCUAUCUACCUGGUGAUGCUGAUGCGGGAAUAUCAUUAUACUUAACUCCUCUCUUGGAGGAGGGAAAAUAUGAAGAAGCUCAACAACUGUCGAGAGUUAAACCUGACUUAGGAAAUAUAACAAGCUACUCCGGAUUCUUCACCAUUAACAAACAGUGCCAAUCAAAUUUGUUCUUUUGGUUUUUCCCAGCACAAAAAGGACAAUGGAAGGAUGCACCACUUCUGCUGUGGUUAGAAGGAGGUCCAGGACUUACAUCUUUGUACUCAAUACUCUUAAACAUAGGUCCUUUGAAAUAUCAUGAAGGAGAAUUACAGAAACAAGAGUUUUCUUGGAAUUUAGAAACUAACCUGCUCCUCAUAGACCAACCUGUUGGAACAGGUUACAGUUUUACGAAGAGUGGAUGCUAUGCUAAAAACGAAACAGAUGUGGGCGAGGACCUAUACAAAGCACUAAUCCAGUUUUACCAACUUUUCCCAGAGCUAGUUAAAAACAAUUUUUUCAUCUCUGGACAAUCAUAUGCCGGCCAUUACAUUCCUGCUUUAGGCCACGCCAUUCACAAAUAUAAUCCUGGUGCUGAAGUGAAGAUCAGUCUGACUGCCAUGAUGAUCGGCAACGGCUUGAGUGACGCUGAGACACAGCUGGACUACGGUAAUCAUCUCUACUAUCUUGGACUGAUUGACGAUGCAGCAAGAGACGUAUACAAUCAGAAUUAUAAACAGUUUGUGCAAGACAUUAAGGAUAAAAAUUGGAAUGCUGCCACUAAACUUUGUGAUGCCUUUAGAGGGUUCCUGUAUGACAGGUUUGUGGACAGGAAAGUGAAUAUGUUCAAUUAUAUUGAUGGCUCUUCAAUAUCACCACGUAAUUUGUCAAGAUACAUCCAAUCAGCCGAAUUCCGUAAGGCACUUCAGAUCGGUUACCUUCCAUUCCAUUCGUUUCCAACUGUUUACCGCAAUUUACGUAAUGACAUUGUACAGUCAGUAAAACCCUGGGUGGAAGAAUUGUUGGAGUUCUACCCCAUAGUGUUCUACAAUGGUCAGUUGGACCUAGCUUGUGCCUAUCCCCUGACCAUUAACUUUCUUCGUUCUCUCGAUUGGAGUGGGAAGGAGCAGUAUCUCAAUUCUAACAGAACAAAGUGGUGUUUAAAAGAUGACUUAGCUGGAUACUAUAAAGGAGGACAUAACCUGUACGAUGUGCUGAUACGGGAUGCAGGCCAUGCGGUAACAAAUGACCAACCUCUUUGGGCCCUCACCCUCAUCAGUUCUGUCACUUUGGGAACUCCUGACAACCCUCUGCAUGCUCUAACCCCUUGUUGAUUGUAAAUCAUUACUACCGAAAAGAUUAGUUGUUAUGUGUGCGUUGGUUAGUAAAGUGUAGUUCAGUUCUUGGUA